GUGCCUGCUGACAAGGGAGCGCCCACCACGUGUUUGUCCAAUUGCGUACACGCCCCCACGCGAACAAACCGGCUUUCAUUUAUCUCACCGACAAGCUUAAUUAUGAGCCAACUGCUGUUAGACCCAGGUUUUCGUUUUCUGUCAAAGCAACACAUCGCCAAACCCUUCACCAGAAACGAAGUUUACUCCAACAAGAAAGGAGGAGGAAGCUUCCUACUACAGCUUCAGCCUCGGGGUGGAUUGCCCGGCGAGGCGAAUUUCCUUUUCGAUGAAGCUGUCGGCUUGAAGUUUUGCAUCUGGAGCAGAAAUUUCCCAUUUGGAUAGCUUGAGCAGCAAAUAAAUGUUGCUAUUUUCUUGGAUUCAGCUCGAUGAAUGGAAAUGGGUUCUUGAAAAUCCCAAGAUUUGUUGGGACUUUUGAAUGCUCAGAGGCUCACCUUGUUUUCGAAUUGUAAUUGUACCUUCUCUGAUCUGCUCUUGCUUAAAUGGGUUUCGUAGUUUUGGAGGGUACCUGCUGGUUUUAGUGCUGUGGGGAGGGAUGAUGACCGCUAUAUUCGUUAAUCCUACUUUGAGGCAAUAAUGACUAACGAUGGAAAUGGAAGUGGCGCACACACGGUUUGUGGGUGGAUUUUAGCAGGAAUUCAUUUGUCAAUAUGAGGCCUUUGUUCAAGAGGGGUGUGAGUUUUGCCCACCAAAUGGUCACAGAUCACUGUAAAGUCCGGGUCUUUGGUCCAUUCAGUGGAUUCACUGUGAUCGGUUCGUUGUUCGCUUUCCUUGUAGCAAUAACCUGUGCAUGUCUGUUUGUGUUACCCAUUUUUGAACCGGCCAUAUACACUUCUGAGAUUCCCAAACCUAGUGGUUCCAAUUUGAUGCGCACAUGCAAUGUGUUUGAAGGUAGUUGGAUCCCUGAAGAAAGUUACCCCCUAUACAAUGCCUCGCAAUGUCCAUUUGCUGAGCGUGGUUUUAAUUGCUUGGCUAAUGGCCGCAGAGAUAGAGGUUAUACAAAAUGGAGGUGGAAGCCCAGGCAUUGUGAUAUCCCCCAGUUUGAUGUUAGCGCAAUUCUAGAGUAUCUUCGUGGCAAGCGUGUUGUCUUUGUUGGUGAUUCAUUGAGCAGGACACAGUGGGAGUCUUUUAUAUGCAUGCUCAUGACAGGCGUGGAAGAUAAGAGGAGUGUAUAUGAAAUAUAUGGGAAUCAAAUCACUAAACAAGUCAGGUUUCUGAGCGUGGGGUUUAACUCUUAUAAUCUCAAGGUCGACUUCUAUCGGUCAGUAUUCUUGGCGCAGCCUGGUCCAGUGCCCAAGCAUGCACCGAAAAGGGUCAAAUUGACCAUUAGAUUGGACAAGUUGGAUGAUAUUAGCAAAGAGUGGAUUGAUUCUGAUUUUCUGAUCUUCAACUCAGGGCAUUGGUGGACACCUACGAAGCUCUUUGAGAUGGGUUGUUAUUUUCAGCUUGGUGGAUCCCUGAAGCUCGGGAUGCCAAUUGCGUCAGCCUUCAAAACUGCAUUAAACACUUGGGCAUCUUGGGUUGAGAGCAAUGUCAACCCCAAUCGGACAUCUGUGUUCUUCCGGACAUUUGAGUCUUCUCACUGGAGUGGUCGAAAUCGUAAUUCAUGCAAAGUUACUCGACGACCCUCCUCUAAAACCCAUGGGAGGGACAAGAGUUCAAUUUCAGACACAAUAAUGAAGGUUGCGAAGCAAAUGGCAUUUCCAGUACGCGUGCUUCAUGUUACUCCGAUGGGGGCAUUCAGGAGCGAUGCGCAUGUCGGUCCUUGGAGUAACAAUCCAUCGGUGCCCGAUUGCAGCCACUGGUGCCUACCUGGAGUUCCUGAUAUGUGGAACGAAAUCCUCUUCUCCUAUAUGCUGUCCAAGAAUGGUGAAAUCUUCCAAUGAGUAGCAACUGUUGCAACUUGGGUCUUAAACUCUGUUGGUCAUGAACUGUUUCCUUGUUUCCCAGAUUGAGAAUUCGAGGAACAUAGGAAGUAAUACUUGGUGUGAUGUUUGGAGUUGAUAGUGUGUGCUGUCUCACUGUUGGCUUAGGAACUAUGAUUCUUUCUGAGAUAGUGUUUCCUGUGGGUUCCUUUGUAUUGCUGAUGAGCAAGGAAAGGAGAUACUUUGCACAGAUUUAUAUGCAGUUGGACAUUAA